ACGUCACGAUGAACCCAAACAAGGAAAAAGCGAGCCCCCGCCCCCUGUGUGUUAGCAUCAUGGAUGCAUGGUGUACUAUUCAGAGAUCAUUCAAACAGCAGUUAGGCUUCCAGGGAUACUGAACCAUGAUUUAACAUCUAGCUAGAUGAUAAAAGAGGAGGUGGAGAACAGCCCUGAACCUGAAGAUGAGGCGUCUGUCACGUAAGAAAGCCCUGAGCUUGGUGAAGGAGCUGGACGCCUUCCCCAAAGUGUCAGAGAGCUAUGUGGAGACCUCAGCCUCAGGAGGAACAGUGUCCCUGAUAGCUUUUAGUGCCAUGGCACUUUUGGCUAUCCUAGAGUUCUUUGUUUAUAGAGACACUUGGAUGAAAUAUGAAUAUGAAGUUGACAAGGAUUUUUCCAGUAAACUGAGAAUAAACAUUGACAUUACAGUUGCCAUGAAAUGCCAGCAUGUUGGAGCAGAUAUUCUGGACCUGGCUGAGACCAUGAUCACAUCCAGCGGCCUCCAGUACGAGCCUAGAUGUUGCUGCAUCUCUUCUCUUUGUAUGUUUGUUCAGGUUAUUUUUGAACUGACCCCACAACAGAGACUGUGGCAAAGGACGUUGACUCUCAUACAGAACAGGCUGAGAGAGGAGCAUGCUCUUCAGGAAGUCCUUUACAAAACUCUCCUCAAAGGAGGUCCCACUGCCAUGCCGCCACGGGAGGAUGCCUCUAUGGAGCCGCUUAAUGCUUGCAGGAUACAUGGUCAUGUCUACGUCAACAAGGUGGCGGGAAACUUACACAUCACUGUGGGAAAGCCCAUUCACCAUCCUCAGGGUCAUGCCCACAUUGCAGCUUUUGUGAGCCACGAGACGUACAACUUCUCCCAUCGAAUAGACCAUUUAUCUUUUGGGGAGGAGAUACCAGGCAUCAUCAAUCCUUUGGACGGCACAGAGAAAAUCACCUAUAACAAUAACCAGAUGUUCCAGUAUUUCAUCACAGUGGUUCCAACCAGACUGAACACAUACAAGAUAUCUGCAGACACACACCAGUUCUCUGUGACUGAGCGGGAGCGGGUGAUUAACCACGCAGCAGGCAGUCACGGCGUCUCCGGCAUCUUUGUGAAGUACGACACCAGCUCUCUGAUGGUGACAGUCAGCGAGCAGCACAUGCCACUGUGGCAGUUCCUGGUGCGACUGUGUGGCAUUAUCGGGGGUAUAUUCUCCACGACAGGCAUGCUCCAUGGGUUUGUUGGCUUCUGUUUUGAUGUUAUCUGCUGUCGCUUCAAACUUGGAGGCUAUCGGCCAAGAGAGGAUGUGCAGCUACACAACCAGAUGAACAAUCUAAACAAUCACCAGACUCCUUUGCUGGCUGACAAUAUCCCUCAGGAGUAGUUUUUCCAGUGACCAGGCUUUCAGUCCAACUGCUGAUUCUGCCUCUCUCAUCCCAGUAGGAGAGAAAGCUUUACCAUCAGAGUAUAUCCUGUGUGAAUUUAUGUUGUUCAGUUUGUAAUAAAAAUUGUUUUAUUAAUUGUCAACAUUAACCUGUGUAAUGUCGCUGUUUUUCUACUGAAAAAGGUAAAGCUGUGCUGUUGAGCUUGAAAAAAAUAGUCAUGUGUGCCCUGUGACUGCAGUCAUACAUGUGUUUUAAAUGUUUCCUUUUGAAUAUGUGUGAUGGAGUUAGCCUCUCUGUUCCAUUUGCUGUAAUAGAACAUAAUACUGAGUGUUUGGUUGUCAUUCCAACUCCAUUAAAGUUUAAAUAUCCAAAAGUUAAAAAA